GGCUCGCCGGCGGCUGGCUCGGUGCCGGUGGGGGGAAAGCAGCAGGGAGCAAAGAGGAUGCAGCCACCUCCUCCCGCCACCCCAGUGCCCGCUCCUUUAGCCGUGUUGGAUCCCACAGGACAGUUUGCAAAACGAAAGAAGACCUCUCUCUGGUUCACAGUUUCUCUGCUGGUAGUUUCUGUGUUCAUACUGACCAUAGGACUUGCAGCUACGACAAGAACAGAAAAUGUUACCGUCGGAGGCUAUUACCCAGGAAUCAUUCUUGGCUUUGGAUCUUUCCUAGGGAUUAUUGGAAUCAACCUGGUAGAGAACAGAAGGCAAAUGUUGGUAGCAUCCAUCGUAUUUAUCAGCUUUGGAGUGGUAGCAGCAUUCUGUUGUGCAAUAGUUGAUGGAGUCUUUGCAGCACGACAUAUAGACCCUAGACCUUUGUACACUAGAAGGUGUCAGUUUUAUUCAAGUGGAAUAGGAUUCUUAUACGAUGCCUACCAGACAGAGGUAACGUGUUACACCUUAAGCAGCAAGUGCGAGCUGAGAGUAAAGAGCAAUACAUGCUAUUGCUGUGACCUGUACAAUUGUGAAAAUUCAGAACAGUCAACCAGCUACUACGAGUUUCUGGGAGUGAACAGCUGUCAGGAUGUGGUUCACUUGUACCGGCUGCUGUGGGCCUCCACAGUCUUGAACAUCCUUGGAUUGUUUCUUGGGAUAGUCACGGCAGCCAUACUCGGGGCCUUUAAAGACAUGCAGGCACCUCUGUCCCAAAUUGCCUUUAGUUCUGUCCCCCCUCCUCAGAUCUUGUACAAUCCAGCCCAGCAGAUCCUGACAUACGCCGGUUUUUGUCCCUCUGCCGCAGCUCUUCCUGCAUAUUCAUCCUAUCCUUUACCUCUUCAGCCUGCAAGCCAUUUUCCAGCAUCAUCAUCUACUGAUAUUUCUUUAUCUGAUGAUACUCAGCCUCCAUCUCAGUCCAGCUCGAACUAUGGUCUCCCACCCAAUGCCCCACCACUAUACACACCAACGUAUUUCCUGCCAGAAGAAAAGCCUCCACCAUAUGCACCCUAGAACACAAUUACAUUUUAACUGAUUUUUUUUUUUUAAAGACAUCUUUGCUUCCUAUGCAGCUCAGAGUUUCCAAACUAUUAAGGAA